UACGAAUUGCAAGCGGAUCUAAAUUAUUUUCAAUUGGUCGGUCCAAUGUCCAUGACAUAAUUGGCUCCAAUUUAUAGCAGUAUACCUCGGUGAUUUGAGAUGAGUAUCAUCACGCACAUCAUUCAGCGUUCGUGCACUGAUUUAGUUGGGCCACGUGUAUGUAUGUGUGUGCGUGUUUGUAUACACCCGCAUAUCCGGUGCAUGCGUGAGUGUGACACAUGACUGGGAUAUUCUUAAAACUUGUGACAUUCGGCGGAGACGUAUCUCAACGAAUACGGUACAGUGGAAUUGGGCUCGAGUUCUCUAGAGAAACCAGCUAUGUACAAGGUACUCCCCAAUGUGUCAAAGUACACAGUAUACAAUGGACUGCGUAGGAUACCAUCCGUUCUUCGAGCAGCGUCUAUAACAACGUUAAAUCUGAAUAAGCAACCAAUCCCGAAACAACCUGUUCCUGAUCUCAAGCAAACUGCGGAACGUUACUUGAGAUCUUUGAAGCCAUUGUUGACUGACAAUGAAUAUAAAAAUACUGAGAGGAUUGUUGGUGAUUUUAUUAGCCACACGGGUGUAGGAUCUAAGCUGCACACUAAAUUACUGGAAAGAUAUCAAAACACUGAUAACUGGAUGAAAGAAUGGUGGCUGGAAGUUGCAUACCUGGGAUACCGUAUGCCCGUGAUCGUACAUUCCAGUCCUGGAACCGUUGGACCACCAGUUACUUUCCAACGACCAGAUGACAUGUAUGUGUAUGCGGCGCGUCUUAUUGCUGCAGUCUGUGAUUACAAUGAGAUGGUCAAGAGUGGAAAGUUAAAACAAGAAAUGGCUCGUAACGAUCCGCUCGAUAUGCAGCCUUAUGCCAUGAUACUCGGCACGCACAGGCAGCCCAGCGAAGCAGUCGACAAACUGUUGCACACAGACGAGGCGAAACACAUAAUAAUCAUAAGCAAUAAUAAUUUCUUUAAAGUUUGCGUUGUCGAUAAAAACGGCAUUUUAAACGAGGGCAAGCUCGUGGCUGCCAUAAAAGAUAUCGCAGAUCGCUCCUGUACCGAGGGAAAGCCUGUAGGAAUUUUAACUGGGAACGACAGAGACACUUGGGCGAAGGACUACAGUUUACUUUUAGAAUUAGGUAACAAUAGGAAUAUAAUCAAGGAUAUAGAAACUUCCUUAUUUAUACUAUGCCUGGAUAAGAAUCUGCCUAAAGAUGCUUUUAAGGAAAAGAAUAACGCGUCAGUAAGAGCGGUUCAAGCUAUGACAGGCUACAAUAGCUCCGUAAACGCUGGUAACAGGUGGCACGACAAGACUGUACAGUAUAUAGUAUCCGCCGAUGGCUACGUUGGCAUGGAAUACGAGCACAGUCCAUGCGAGGGAGUUCCGGUUGCUGUCCUUCACGAUUACGUAUUAAAAUACAUAGCAACAAGAGAAAAUAGCGCGUGGGACGUAAAGUCUGCGGAUUUUCCAAGACCGGAACUUUUGAAGUUCGUGACUAAUGACGCUAUAGACUGUGCGAUCGAGAUAGCUGCUGAUUCGAUAGAUAAGCUUUCAGAAGACAUAGACAUGGAAUGUUUUACAUUUGACAAAUUCGGCGCGGACGCUAUAAAAGCAAUUAAACAGAGCCCCGACAGUUUUAUUCAGAUUGCGAUGCAAGUGACGUUUUAUAAUUUACAAAGGAAGGCGCCGGCCCAUUACGAAAGCGCAGCAUUACGAAGAUUCAUAAAUGCCAGAACAGAGUGCAUCAGGUCCACUAGUACAGAGUCAGUAGAGUUUGCAAAAGCGAUGCUUCCUGGGGAAUGCAAAAGCAAACAACAAAAGAAGGAACUGAUGAUCAAAGCGAUAAAUGCUCAUAAAGAAUAUGCCGCACAGGCUGCGACUGGUCAAGGUGUCGAUCGGCAUCUGUUCGGCUUAAAAAUGAUAGCAAAAAGCGAAGGAAUAGAGCUGCCAGAAUUAUACAAAGAUGUUGGUUAUACUAGAAGUACAUAUUUCAAUUUAACAUCAAGUCAGGUGCCGUAUAAGUCAGCGUCUUUUAUGUGCUAUGGACCGGUAGUUCCCGACGGUUACGGUUGUUGUUACAAUCCACGACCGAAGGAUAUUCUAUUCGCUUGUUCGUCAUUUAAAUCGUGCAGCGAGACUAAUACGAGGGACUUCGCUCGUGUCUUACAGCAGACGCUAAACGACAUGCGAGACAUAGGCAGUGAAUGAAAGUGUAAGGACUCUGCUUUUAUUGCAAUGGGAAACGGUGUUCAUUGAUAUUUUUAUAUUGCACACGACGACAAGUGAAAAUAAAGUUGUUCGAGUCAAGCGAAUUUAUUUUGUAUAAACUUUUUAUUGCGAAAUAUAUAUAUUUCGAAACUUUGCAGAGUA